AUGACCAAUAGAAAAACAGCCACCAAGAUGGAAGAUUUGUUUGUUACGCAUAAAAAUAAUUCUAAUGAAUUCACCUCGUACAGGUUUAUUAAAACACAAGUUCCUAAUCCAAACUGGAGACCACAUACUAAGUCAAAAGAUGCUGGUGGUGAAGCCAUCAAUAUUACAGACACAUCUGACAAGGAAAAAGUUUCACUAGAACCAUCAAGUUCAGAUUAUAAAUUCAUAACAAGCGCAAUAGCACCUCGACCAAUUGCACUAAUUUCCACCCUAAGCCCAAGUACAAAUGCUCAACAGAACCGCAUCGCAAAUGUUGCGCCAUUUUCCUUUUUCAAUGUGAUGACCAAAGACCCAGUAACCUUUUCCUUUGGGUUAUCGCCUGUAAAAAAUGGUUACAAAGAUACUGCCAAUAAUCUAAUAAGCACGAAACAAUGUGUGAUUAAUCUAGUCAGCGAAGAUAUUGUCCAGCAAGCUAAUUUUACAUCCAUUGAAGUUCCUGGUGAUGUAGACGAAUUUGAAUUGGCAGGACUUCGUAAAGGCGUCAGUGAAAAAAUUGAUGUCCCAUACGUUAAGGACUGUGUUGUCAGUAUUGAAUGUGAGCUAUUGCACACAAUAGAAGUUCCUCUCGAGUACAACACUGUAGAUGGAAAAGAUAAAGAGCCGAAUCUGAUUUUUAUUGUUAAAGCUGUGAAAUAUCAUGUUGAUAAGGAUGCUAUUGAUCUAAGUAAUAGAGCCGUAGACAUGGAAUUGUUGAAACCUGUUAGCAGACUGAUUGGCAUCACCUAUGGGAGAACUACCAAGAGUUAUGACAUUUGCAAGCCACCAGCCGAUAUGAUAUAG